GGAGGUGACCCACAGAAGGCUGGACUACUUCCUCGCCUCCUCUUCGUUGACACAAGGCAUAACAACAAUCAGACCAGUGAUGCACCCGAUGUCGGAUUAUUGCCCGGUACUGGCGGAGAUGGUGCUCUCCCCAUCGGUGGAGAGGAGAAAGGGAUAUUUUAAAUUAAACUCAACCUCAAGGAUCCCGGCUUGAAGCGAUGGGUAGAAGAGCACAUGGACUCCUGGAAAUCGACAAGACAGGCAUUUCAGUCUACAAAAGAGUGGUUUGAUGGAGGGCUGGCAGUAAUCUCAUGCAUGAUGAGUGUCUGCUCAAACGUCCUACCUAAAGGCAGAAAUAUCGAAGAAGAGAAGUGCAGGAAGAGGGUGGAGGAGGCAGAACGGAGAAUGGAAGCCCACCCAAUCUCGGAACUGGUCUGGGCAGCAGAAAGGGAGCGGAGGAUGACAGAAUGGGAGGGCUUGCAGGCGGCUUGGGAAGAGUUCCUGAGUAUCAAAGGAAUCAUAGUUCAAGACAGUCUCACCAAGGAAACUUUCAAGAAAUUACUACCAAGCAGCUCGUUUCAGCAAAUAGUAGAGCUGAAACACCCAUUCGAUGCCACACUACAGGGAGCCGAGUCAACGAGCGACAUGUUGGAGUACGCACACUUAUACUACGCCAAUAUCCUGACAUCUCGAAGGGGCAGCGACUCAGCAUCCGUGGAUCUAGCUCAGGAAUCAGACAUGUGGAAUGACACUGAGGUUCUACUGUCUGUCGAGGAAAGGUUGGCAUUGGACCGUCCGAUAACUGUGGAGGAGCUGACUCAGACUGUUAAAGAAAUGGCAUCCGGGAAGUGCCCAGGGAUUAAUGGACUGACGGUAGAGUUCUAUAGAACUUGUUGGGAGGCGUUGGCACCAGCUAUGGUAGAAGUGUUCAAUGAAGUCCUGAUUGACAGCAGGUUGGGGGAGGUGAUGACCCAUGGAGUCAUCUCACUUCUGUUCAAGAAGGGGGACAAAGCCAGCAUUCGAAACUACAGGCCUUUCUCAGUCUUGAACGUGGAUUACAAAAUCCUUGCUAAGACGUUGGCUCUACGGUUAGGCAGAAUUCUACCGAGAUUAGUGGAGAACGAUCAGGGGGCAUUUGUCCAGGGCCGGUCUAUAUUUUUCAACAUUUUGACGACAAUUGAAGCAUUGGAGGUGGUAAAGGCGGAAAACAACAAUAUAGCCAUCUUGUUGUUGGACCUAAAGAAGGCAUAUGACAAGGUAGGCUGGCCAGUCGUUCUAACGACUCUGCGAAAACUGGGAUAUGGCCAGGGUUUCUGCAAAUGGAUAGUUGCUAUGUACACCUUUGCCACCUCCUCGGUCGCGGUUAAUGGGCACCUAUCACGCCCUUUUAACCUGACCCGCUCUCUCAGGCAAGGGUGCCCACUGGCCCCGCUGCUGUUCGUCUUGCAACUAGAAGUUCCCCUGAACAAGAUCAGGAAACACCCUGAAAUCAGAGGCAUUAGACUAACACAAGAUAGAGAUUGCAGGGUAAAGGCUAUUGCCAAUGAUCUAUUUAUGGUGACAGAGAACACAACGUCUUCGCUGAAUGCUCUGAAGUCAGUCCUCGCAGAGUACUCUAUCCUUUUGGAAGCACUGGUGAAUUGGUCCAAAUCAACUUUCAUUCUGCCAGAAGUGUACUCGCUGCAAGUGGAAUGGGGCAUGAAGAGGGUCUCCAGUUCCUCCAGCGAACGGUUCCUAGGCGUCAUGAUCAACCUACAGGUGAUGGGAUCAGUACAAGGGUUCAUCCUGCAGCAGAGAAUCGUAGCUCGACUCCAGAAACGUGGGUGUUAUUCGCGCUGUAGUUUUCGCGUCUCCAUCUCUGUGACGAUCUCUCUCCCCUCCCCACCUGCAGCCACCGGUAGCCGACGAUUUCUUUCCCGGUUGGCGACACGUGGCACCAUGUUCCGCAAUCUUCUGCGAGCUGCGCCGGCGGCGCGUUCGGUCGCCAUCGCUGCUGCAAGGCGCAACGCAGCGGGAUCGUCGCGCCAGACGCAGUGGGUUCGGCAUUUCGCCUCGAAGCAAAUCGAAUAUGGAGUUACCGCGCGAGCUCUUAUGUUGCAAGGAUGCGAACAGCUGGCGGACGCAGUCAAGGUCACCAUGGGUCCGAAGGGCCGGAAUGUUGUGAUUGAACAAAGCUUUGGUGGCCCGAAGAUAACGAAGGAUGGAGUCACUGUCGCUAAGAAUAUCGAGUUUAAGGACAGGUGUAAGAACCUAGGAGCGAGUCUUGUCAAACAAGUGGCCAAUGCCACGAAUGACGUUGCCGGAGACGGGACGACAUGUGCGACCGUUUUGACACGUGCUAUCCUCGUAGAAGGCUGCAAGUCGGUCGCCGCCGGGAUGAACCCUAUGGACCUCCGGAGAGGCAUCAACAGCGCGGUGGAUAAUGUUGUCAGUCAGCUCAAAGGCAGGGCGAAGAUGAUCAGCACCUCUGAAGAGAUCGCUCAGGUUGGCACGAUUUCUGCGAAUGGUGAGCGGGAGAUCGGAGAUCUGAUUGCGAGAGCGAUGGAGAAAGUUGGAAAGGAGGGUGUCAUCACUGUAGCGGACGGGAAGACUCUGUACAACGAGCUGGAGGUUGUGGAAGGCAUGAAAUUGGAUAGGGGGUAUAUAUCUCCGUACUUUGUCACAAAUCCGAAGACUCAAAAAUGCGAACUGGAGAAUCCCCUCGUUCUCGUUUUCGAAAAGAAGAUCUCCGGCCUUUCGUCAAUCCUUCCAAUUCUGGAGCAAGUUGUCAGGGUUCAAAGGCCACUUCUUAUUGUUGCAGAGGAUGUGGAAAGUGAGGCUCUUGCGACUUUGAUUGUCAACAAGUUGCGGGCGGGUGUGAAGAUAUGUGCUAUCAAGGCUCCUGGCUUCGGUGAAAACCGGAAGGCGAAUCUUCAGGAUUUGGCGGUCCUAACGGGUGCUCAUUUGAUUAGCGAAGACCUUGGUUAUAAGCUGGAGAACGUGGAGAUCGGUCAGUUGGGAACCGCAAAGAAGGUCACAGUCUCAAAGGAUGAUACCAUUAUUAUGGACGGAGGCGGCGAUAAGAAGGCUUUGGAGGAGAGAUGCGAGCAGCUUCGGGAUAUGAUCAGCAAGGCAACAUCGGACUAUGACAAGGAGAAGAUGCAAGAACGCCUGGCCAAGCUUUCUGGUGGUGUGGCUGUUUUGAAGAUUGGAGGGGCCAGCGAGGUUGAAGUUGCUGAGAAGAAAGACAGAGUAACUGAUGCCUUGAACGCAACCAAGGCUGCCGUGGAGGAAGGAAUUGUACCUGGUGGUGGGGUUGCUCUCCUCUAUGCAUCCAAGGAGCUUGAGAAGCUGCCGACGCCCAAUUUUGAUCAGAAGAUUGGUGUCCAGAUUAUCCAGAGUGCUCUCAGGGUGCCUUGUUUUACUAUUGCCCAAAAUGCCGGUGUUGAAGGGGCUGUGGUGGUUGGCAAGCUGCUCGAGAGCAACAACCCCGAUAUUGGAUACGAUGCAUCCAAGGGCGAAUACGUGGACAUGGUUAAGGCUGGAAUCAUUGAUCCUGUAAAGGUGAUCCGAACUGCUUUGGUGGAUGCUGCCAGUGUUGCUUCGCUCAUGACGACGACGGAGGCGAUUAUCGUAGAAGCACCCAAGGAGGAGAGGGAGGGUAUGCCGCCUGGCAUGGGCGGGAUGGGUGGAAUGGAUAUGGGGUACUGAGCAGGUAACCCUUGAUUUGUUUUUGUGGCUCUGGAUUGAAAAGGUGGGGCGUUUUCUUUUUUUUUUUUUCCACUUUUCUGGUAGAUCGCAUCUGGGGAUUUUGUCACUGUGCCGAUCUCCAUGGAGAUUGCAUUUGAUCCCACUGAUGUGAUGCGGGAGUUGAGGUGAGGUGGGGGUGCAUACAUGCUGCUGCAACGGAGUUUUGGUCGUCGAGUGUAGCUGUAGAAAUGUGUGUUAGCUUUGUUAAUAGGAAUCUUCAGCCGUGUUGAUCUUCGUCUUGGCAGCACGUUUUUUAAGCUGUCGCCAUCCGUUGGAUCUGCGUGAGAAAAGCUUUUAGAUGAUCUUCUCCUCUUUCUUAAUUCGUGCCCUGUGCCGUGGCCACGCAGAGUGGCACUGUCUGUUUUCCGAUGGGGUCCUUUACUGCAUUGGCAUUGACGACCCUUUCUUUUAAGGGACGUGCACCUUGAUAUCGUUGUCCCGCCGGAGAACAAGCGGCAGCAACUUGUGUACACAACCCUCAUGUCCAGGAGUUGUUGUUGGUGUUGGAGAAUUCUUUUGGAUACAAAUUCGAAUCGAUGUCAGGACCUGCUGCUGUGAAUUUAAAUCUCUCUGGUGGAAAUUAUGAUGUCGAUGCGGGACUCACGGCGUCGUCAGAUGCUGCCUCUGUGCUUGUUUGGUCUCCCAUAAAAUGCGUCUUUGCUGACGUCAAUGUUGUGUUGUGAUGUUUAGUGAAAGGUAUCAAAGAAUCUAAUCCUCCCAAUGUUGUGAUGUUUAGUGAAAGGUAACCAAGGCCAUCAUAUUUUCAUUCUUAGCAUUUUUGUUGCGUUAGCAUCAUUUUUUCAUUCUUAGCAUUUUUGUUG